AUGUCAAGCUUCCAAUAUAUCAACAAGGAGAAUGCAACCGCCAGCAGCAGGCCUCUUAAGGGAAAGUUUCCGAAUAUUAAUAAGUCCACAAAUCCUCAAGUGACAAAACAAAGCCUCAAGCCUCAAGAUAUAACCCAGAAUAAUAAUGCGCUUACAGAAAGAGUUCCGUUGGGUGGUAAAGGAGUCAUAAAUAGUGGCACUGCCCCAAGUAAUAAGAACAACGGAAAAGGAUUCAAAAGAAGUCUCAAAAGAACUAAUAGUUUACUUUUAGAUGACAACGAUUUGAAGAGAAAAAUUCAGGUUCAGAAAGAUACUAGUUUAAUUGAAGAGUCGAUACCAAAUAAUGAAGAAGUCACAAAGCCUCAAGCGCAAUUGCCAAUAAAGGAAGAAUCCAGGGACCUUGGGCCUCUUAGAAGAAGAAAGCUCAAGUCAAAGUCUGAGGAUGUUCUUGGCUCGCCAAACAAGAGACAAAAGUUAGAUACAGAAUCUGCUAGUGAACUAAGUGACAACGGCUACUCGGACUUAGAGCUCGAGUAUGUCCCAGAUUGUCCAUCGCCUUUGCCAUAUGUUCCAGACAACGUCUUGCCUUUAUCAGAGGAAGAUAUCAAAUUUUUCCACACUAAAAACCGUAUUCCUGAAAAACAUGCCACUUUUAAAGAAAUUGAUUUUGGCUUGGCCAAGCUCUUACCUUUUGAUGGGAUUCCGGAAGUUGAAUUAGAAUUGGAUAUGAGUGAUUUUGAUGAAGAAGACAAAGAUUAUGAUGAGUUAUAUAACGUUGACUCAAUGGUCAAGAAGCAGCCGACGUUAUUGGAAAAUUGUGAUGUGAAGUUAAUUAGUCAAAAAAUACCUGAUUUACAUUAUGAUUCUUGA